AUGGAAACUGGUGUGGCAGCACAAGGUUCUGGUUCCAGGGAGCUGAAAGCCAACUCUCUCUAUCCAGACAAAGGAGAAGAGAAAAGGAUUCGCUUGUUUGGCUUUGAGUUCGAUCCAAAUGGGGAUGGGGAGAGUGGAAACAAGGAGGAUGGUGAGAAGAUUUCACCUGCCCCUGCUUUCUGCUCUGUCAGUGGACCGGAGGACAAGAAGUAUGGGUGCCAAUUCUGCCGCAAGGAGUUCCCAAACUCGCAAGCGCUCGGGGGCCAUCAGAAUGCCCACAAGAAAGAGCGGUUGAAGAGGAAGAAGCUGGAGCUCCAGGCCAGGAGAACUGGCGUCGGUUUCUACCUCCAACCUCUCAUCAAAAGCCACUGCUCCGGAUUCGACUUAUCGGUGCCAUGGUACUACCGUGCCACCGCGCCUGACUACCUCUUGUUUGAAGAGUCAAAUGGGAACUUCAAGACUGUGGAUCAGAAUGCCUUCUCAGGCGGCCUUCUGCCAUCUAAGCCACCUACCUUUGUGCCUCAUCUUCCAGUCGAGCAGCACCCCGGCUUGCAGGGAAUGAUGCAACAGGAGAAACAAUUGCCAAGCUGGCCAAUCGCCGCCAUAUCUUCGUCCUUGUCCAGGUCAAAGCAAAGUUACCAGGAACUGGACCUUCAGCUGCGCCUUGCGGUGAAGUCCACUGCCUGCAACACUACCAGAAAUGGCAACUUUUGUUCUCGUAGACUUCAAGAACUAGACAACUGCCCCAACAUCGAAGCAUCGACUAUCGACGAGGAGCUUCUAUGUGAGAUGUACAUAUUUUGCCUCUAUAAAGAUGAAUUCUUUGUUUAUAUCUUCGUCAUCAUCUCAUCGUCGUUCAUUGAGCUCUAUGUUGGUCUGUGA